UUGUGCUCCUCGCCACAAGAUGGCGGUAAACUGGUUCCGUCAACAAGCGACCUUUCUCUGAAAACAUCCUGUUCCUCAGCAGCAAAAUAUAAUGAACCUGUCCUUACUGUGAGCUUACGUUUGAUCAGCUGUAAAGAAAAUUAGUGAUUCUUAUCAAAGCUGGAGUUUAAUAAACCACUGGUUUUUUGGUUAGCUGUUUGAUGUAAGUAGCAGCCAUGAGCGACAGUCACCCACUGCGCACGCUGGGCUCGGCGGCCGAGGUCGACCACAUGCACCUUCUCUCGGAGCAGCUUGCAGCGCUGGUUCCUGCUGAGGAAUACAGUGACGUCACCUUUGUGGUGGAGGAGAAGCGGUUUCCUGCUCACAGGGUCAUCCUGGCUGCUCGCUGUCAGUACUUCAGAGCCCUUUUGUACGGCGGGAUGAGGGAGUCUCAGCCUCAAGCCGAGGUCCGUCUGGAGGACACUCGUGCGGAGGCGUUCUCCAUGCUCCUGCGGUAUCUGUACACAGGCAGAGCCAACCUGAGCGAAGCCAAAGAGGAAACGCUGCUGGACUUCCUGGGCUUGGCGCACCGCUAUGGUCUCCAGCCACUAGAGGCUUCCACCUGUGACUACCUGCGCACGCUGCUCAACGCACAGAACGUAAGUCUGAUCUUCGACGUGGCCAGUCUGUACCACCUGAGCAGCCUGGCAGAGGCCUGCUGUUCCUUCAUGGACCGGCACGCUGUGGAGGUGCUCAAGUCCGACGGCUUUCUCGCACUCUCCAAGUCGGCCCUGCUGACCGUGGUGCAGAGAGACUCGUUUGCGGCGAGCGAGAGAGAGAUCUUCCAGGCGCUGUGUCGCUGGUGCAAACAGAACAACGAGGACCCCGACGCGCGCGAGGUGAUGUCUGCUGUGCGGCUGCCUCUGAUGAGCCUGUCCGAGAUGCUGAACGUUGUCCGACCUUCCGGCCUCCUGAGCGCAGACGAGCUGCUCGACGCCAUCCAGACGCGCUCAGAGAGGAGAGACAUGGAGCUCAACUACCGCGGCAUGCUCGUCCCAGAAGAGAACAUAGCCACGAUGAAGCACGGAGCCGUGGUAGUGAAAGGAGAACUAAAGUCGGCUCUGCUGGACGGAGACACUCAGAACUACGACCUGGACCACGGCUUCACCAGACACCCGAUAGAGGAGGACGGACGAAGCGCAGGGAUCCAGAUCCGUCUGGGCCAGCCGUCCAUCAUCAACCACAUCCGUCUGCUGCUUUGGGAUAAAGACAGCAGAUCCUACUCUUACUACAUCGAGGUGUCUAUGGACGAGCUGGACUGGGUGCGAGUGGUGGAUCACUCCAAGUUCCUGUGUCGCUCCUGGCAGAACCUGUAUUUCCAAGCGCGGGUGUGCAGGUUUAUCCGUGUUGUCGGGACACACAACACUGUCAACAAGGUCUUCCAUUUGGUGGCUCUGGAAUGUAUGUUCACACAGCGUCCCUUCAUCCUGGAGAACGGCCUCCUGGUCCCAAGUGAGAACGUAGCGACUGUGAAGGCGUGUGCGAGCGUGGUGGAAGGCGUGAGCCGCUGUAGAAACGCCCUGUUAAACGGAGACACGAGCCACUACGACUGGGACUCGGGGUACACCUGCCAUCAGCUGGGCUCCGGAGCCAUUGUCAUCCAGCUCGCCCAGCCUUACCUGCUCAGCUCCAUGAGGUUGUUGUUAUGGGACUGUGAUGAGCGAAGCUACAGUUACUAUGUGGAGGUCUCCACUAAUCAGCAGCACUGGGUCAGGGUGGUGGAUCGGACUCGAGUGGCAUGCAGGUCUUGGCAGACUCUGCGUAUCGAGAGACAGCAAGCUUCGUUCAUUCGCAUUGUGGGGACGCACAACACUGCUAAUGAGGUGUUUCAUUGUGUGCACUUCGAAUGCCCGGCUCAGCUAGACAACGAGGUGAAAGAGGGCACACCGGGCUUGGAUCACCCAAACCAAGAUCACAGCACCCAGCAUGAUCAGCAAUCCCAGCCCCAAGGCUUCUCCUCCCAGAGAUCCAGCACUUCAUCUUUGCACACAGGAAUGUGAAUCUUGCCGUGUACUCAAACAUAUGCGUACGACAAAAAACGCAUCAGGCACUUACGUCAUAGAUUUUGUGUUCCAGCAUCACGUGCUGCUAAUAGUAAAUAAAAUAUAUUUAUAAUAAAAUUCCUUAGUUCUAGUAAUGGAGAUGUUAUUUAUGAAGGCAUUGCUGUAUAUAAGCAAUCAGUUUAUUCUGUUCCAUCUACCACACAAGCUUUGAAGUCUUUUUAUUGUGAAUACCUUCCUGGAUUGUUUCAUGUUUUUUAACAAGUGUUGUUUCUUUCCUUGAUGAAUGCAUGAUGUUUGACGUGAAAAUAUAAGAAAAAAAAUUAUUAGGA